AGAUCCAGAACUGAACGACGCAACUCUUGGGAAUACAUAAAAGAAAAAUUAGUAAACAACAUUUAUUGGAGGGAAAUCAAUCGAGCGGCUGUCAAAAUGAGCGUCGAGGACGAAGUGUUCCGCAUCCAAAAGAAAAUCGGCAAAAUAUCCACGUCCAGCGAUGGAGCCGGACAGGAGCAGGCGCUGGACUUGCUGAAAGCGCUGCAAACGCUGAACAUUAAUCUGGAGAUAUUGACAAAGACGCGCAUCGGGAUGACGGUGAAUGAGCUGCGGAAGAGCAGCAAAGAUGACGAGGUCAUCGCACUGGCCAAGACGCUCAUCAAGAACUGGAAGCGAUUCCUGGCUAGCCCAGCGCCACCCGCCGCCGCCGGUAACCAAACGCCCAAAGAGAGCGGAGGUACCGCCGCCAAGGAGAGUGGAGGCGCCUCGAACAAGGAGAGUGGCGGCGCCGCCAGCAACAACAAUAAAUCCUCAAGUGCCGGCAAAUCAAAUUCAUUGGCCAACAAGGAGAAAUCAUCGAGUGGCAGCAACUCCUCAUCAACGGUAAAGGAUAAGCGUGAGGAGAAAAAAUCCUCAUCGUCAUCGUCGUCGACGUCAUCGUCGUCGGCAUCCUCGGCACAGACCACAUUCCCAUCGGGUGGCGGUGGUGGCAUGAAAGAUGCAGUGCGUCUCAAAUGCCGCGAAAUGUUGGCGACGGCCCUAAAGAUGGGCGAGGUGCCCGACGGCUGUGCGGAACCGGAGGAAAUGGCCGCCGAACUGGAGGAUGCCAUCUACAUGGAGUUCAAGAAUACGGAUAUGAAGUACAAGAAUCGGAUUCGAUCGCGUGUCGCCAAUCUGAAGGAUCCAAAGAAUCCCGGGCUGCGCGGCAAUUUCAUGUGCGGUGCCGUCUCUGCCAAGCAGCUAGCCAAAAUGACGCCCGAGGAGAUGGCCAGCGAUGAGAUGAAGAAGCUCCGGGAGAAGUUCGUCAAGGAAGCGAUCAACGAUGCCCAACUAGCCACAGUGCAAGGCACCAAGACCGAUCUCCUAAAGUGUGGCAAGUGCAAAAAGCGCAACUGCACCUACAACCAGCUCCAGACCAGAUCCGCCGACGAACCGAUGACCACCUUCGUCAUGUGCAACGAGUGCGGCAAUCGUUGGAAAUUCUGCUAAAAAAGAAGGAAAAA